AUGAAGAGUGACGAGGAUCCGUCAUUCCAGAGCCCUGGUGCCCGCCAAGUCCUGGGGUUGGUCCGUGGUCCGUGGUGGUGGAUUGAUGGUGGCAUGCCUCAGGGUGUCUCUACCUGA